AAGUGUGCUUGGCAUUUGGUUUGUUAAUUGUGCCAACUGUUCCAAGCAGCGAGCGCUACCCGAAAAAACUAAGAAGCAAACAGCCAUGAAUAAAUUCGCCACUCUCGCUAUCUUUGUCUGCGCCUUGGCGCUUGGCAGUUGCAAUCCAGGAUACGGCAGCGGUCCCAGCUAUGGCGGUCAUGGCCAUGGACACCGCGAGAUCUCCAGCUAUGGACAGCGUGAGAACAACAAUGGCGCCGCUGCUGCCGCAGCUGCCGCUUCCGGUGGCAACGAGCGUCCCGUUGAGAUCGUUGCUGGCGGUCCCCGUUAUGGUGGCAGCGAGCAUCUGCGCCCCAUUCUCUUGGACUCUGGCUACAAUGGCGGUCACUCCGGCUACGGCCAGUCGAUCGGUCACCGUGGCGGCUAUGAGGGCGGCAACAGGCACCAUGGCAACUCUGGCUAUGGCCAGCAGCGCGGCUAUGGCCGCCCACGUUGGUCUGUCCAGCCUGCCGGCGCCACUCUGCUGUACCCCGGCCAGAACCAUUACCGCAGCUACGCUUCUCCCCCAGAGUACACCAAGGUGCUGCUGCCCAUCCGUGCCGCUGCCCCCGUUGCCAAGCUGUACGUGCCCGAGAACAACUAUGGCAGCCACGGUGGCUACCAGAACGAGGGUCCCCGUUACUAGAGAUCUUCUCGAGCGUGAAUCUUGAAUCUUCGCUUUCAUCUUCACUCGCUCCGUAACCAACAACGGGAAUGUUCGCUGUUCGCACAGCGUCAAUAAAAAAUUCAUCAUCAGCAUAAAAGUAACAA